AUGGCUCGAAAACAAGGUGGCUGCCAGACAUUUGUUAGUAAGGGUAUUUCAAAUUGGAAGAAGCCAAAAACAUUUGCACUACAUGUUAGAAAACAUGAUAGUUCUCAUUACAAAUGUUACAAGAAGUGUGAAGCUUUGAUGAAUGAAAAACAACAAAUCGAACACAUUCUUUUGAAGAAAGAGAACAAAGAUCAAAAAAAUUAUCAUGUGCGAUUAACUGCAUCAGUUGAAAGUAUUCGAUUUUUUCUACGACAAGGUCUUGCACUUCGUAGUCAUGAUGAGUCUGAAGAUUCUAAUAAUCAAGGUAACUUUCUUGAACUUCUAAAAUUUUUAGCUGAUCAUAAUGAGGAAGUUGCUCUAAAAAAUGCUCCUGAAAACCUUAGAUUGACUUCUCCAAAGAUUCAGAAAGAUAUUGUAAAUGCAUGUGCUGUUGAAACAAUCAACCUUAUUAUUAAAGACAUGGAAGAUGUUGUGUUUUCUAUUUUAGUUGAUGAAUCUCGUGAUGUAUCUAUAAAAGAGCAAAUGGUUGUAAUGUUUCAUUAUGUGGACAAGAAAUGGUAUGUGAUUGAACGAUUUAUAGGCAUUAAACAUGUUGAAAGUACAACAACAAUCUCACUAAAAAUAGUAAUUGAUAAGCUAUUUUCAAAGCAUGGGUUGAGCAUAUCUAGAUUGCGAGGCUAG